UUUGGAAAUGUCAAACAAACUAAAUAUCAAAGUGUGUGUAAUGUAGAAAUAGCCAGUAAUAAUGUAUUUUAAACUCGGGUGCCUUAUUUAUAUGUAGAGAAAUAUUAGCAGUCGCUCUUUUAUUUCAUGCGUUGUUCACUUUCGCCACAGUUUGCUUGCAUCCGGCGGUGAGGGCGGAAGUGCAAUGAAGUCGGUCUGCUUCAACGGGGCCAAAGAUAGGCUCAUACACGAGGCAGACCAGCUUAUCUCCUACAUAGAAAGAGGCUCUACCGUUUUAAAAUUCUUCCCUCGUAAGAGACCCGAAAGGCGUGCACUUUGCGUGAGAAGAGAGACCCAUCAAGUUCUUUGGUCUCGAAUCAAUGCCCCUCAGAGACAGGGCUACGAAGGGGCUCUCGAUAUCCGUGAUGUCAAAGAAGUUCGCACUGGAAAAUCAUCCAAAGACUUUGAGCGUUGGCCUGAAGAAACCAAACGUCUUGAAAGUUCAAAAUGCUUUACCAUUUAUUAUGGAACUGAAUUUAAACUUCGCUGUGCAUCAUUUGUUGCUCAAACAGAUAAAGAGUGUGAAGCUUGGGUGAAAGGUGUACUGUAUCUAAUAGCAGAAGCUGUCAGUGCAUCAUAUCCUCUACAGAUUGAAAGAUGGCUCCGGAAAGAAUUCUAUUCUAUUGAAAACUCCCAUGAAAAAAUAACAUUAAAAGAGGUCAAAGCUUUUCUACCAAAAAUUAAUUGUAAAAUUUCAACAAGUAAGCUUCGAGAUGUAUUCCAAGAUGUUGACACUGAAAAAAGAGGGGAGAUUGGCUUUGAUGAUUUUGCUGUUCUUUAUCAGAAGCUAAUUUUUGAUGAGAAUAAUGUUCAGGACAUAUUUGAUAAAUACUCAGUCUAUUGUUCUAAUGGUACUACUAUUACUCUUAGAGAGUUUCAAAAUUUCCUUAGAGAUGAACAGCAUGAUAACCUUGGUGAUGAUGAAGUACAAGCCUCACAGUUCAUCCGUGAUUACUUAAGAGAUCCACAAAGAGACAUCUAUGAACCUUAUUUCACUUUAAGCGAGUUUGUCGAGAUGCUGUACUCCAAGCAGAAUUCCAUCUAUGACAGUCAGUAUGAUAAGGUUACACAAGAUAUGACCAGGCCUUUGUCACACUAUUGGAUAUCUUCUUCUCAUAACACGUAUCUGACAGGUGACCAGUUUUCAAGUGAAUCAUCACUGGAGGCCUACGUGCGGUGCUUGAGGUCAGGCUGUCGUUGUAUUGAGCUAGAUUGUUGGGAUGGUCCUGACGGCACACCUUUUAUUUAUCACGGGCACACACUGACAACGAAAAUAAGGUUUAUGGAUGUACUGCGAACAAUAAAAGAACAUGCAUUCAUCACAUCUGAAUAUCCAUUAAUUUUGUCUAUCGAAGACAACUGCUCACUCCCACAGCAAAGACGAAUGGCGAGCGCAUUUCAAGACGUAUUCGGUGACCUUCUUCUUGUUCAUCCAAUGGAUAAGAAUGAAACAUCACUUCCCUCUCCUCAUGACUUACGCAGAAAAAUAAUCCUGAAACAUAAAAAAUUACCUGAAGGUGCUGAAGAAAGUUCUUUCGCAGUACGUCAAGAAGAAGGAAAAGAUUUAGACCUACGAAAUUCGAUCAAAAAUGGUAUAUUGCAUUUGGAAGAUCCUGUCGACAAAGAAUGGAAGCCUCACGCCUUCGUGCUCACCGAGAACAAACUUUACUAUACAGAGAGCUACAACAGUCAAGAAGAAACCGACACUGAAAGUGACGGAGACUCAGAUGCGGAAAACGCUAUUGUACCACAAGAUGAAUUACAUUUCGCAGAAUGUUGGUUCCACGGGAAGCUGGCAGGGAAUCGACAAGAAGCCGAAGAUUUGCUGAGAGCCCACGCCCAUCUUGGCGAUGGAACCUUUCUGGUGAGGGAGAGCGUUACUUUUGUCGGUGACUACUGUCUAUCAUUCUGGCGGCAAGGGAAAGUAAAUCACUGCCGCAUCAAGCUCAAACAGGAACGGGGGGUCACCAAGUUCUAUCUGAUAGAUAGUAUGUGUUUCGACAGCCUGUACAACCUCAUCACCCAUUAUAGGUCACAUCCUCUGAGGAGUCAAGAGUUCCUGAUAACGUUAAAGGAGCCAGUGCCUCAGCCUAACAAGCAUGAAGGCAAGGAAUGGUUCCACGCGCACUGCACGCGUACUCAAGCCGAAGAAUUACUGCGGAAGACCAACACCGACGGCGCUUUCCUAGUACGCCCCAGCGAAAAGGAACAAGGGAGCUUCGCAAUUAGUUUCAGGACUGAGAAGGAGAUAAAGCAUUGCAGGGUUAAACAAGAGGGUCGCCUGUACACAAUCGGUACAGUCAAGUUCGAGAGCCUCAUUGAAUUAGUCUCGUACUACGAGAACCAUCCGCUGUAUAAAAAAGUAAAACUCUGGUAUCCGAUCAGCGAAGAAACCGUCAGAAGACUUGUCUCUGAACCAGACGAUAAUACUGUCUAUGGGACACCGGGAUACAUGGAUCCCACGUCAUUCACGUCCAAGGUGACCGUUAAAGCGCUUUACGAUUAUCGGGCUCGUCAAGAUGACGAGUUGUCCUUCUGCAAGCACGCCAUCAUUACAAACGUCGACAAGCCGGACGAGGGCUGGUGGCGGGGCGACUACGGCGGCAAACGUCAUCACUGGUUCCCGGCCAACUACGUGCUUGAGAUUGAGGUUCCACACACACCCGACGUGACCAGCGGUCUAGAAAACGAAUCAGCCGCCCUGGGAUCGUUGCAGAAAGGCGUGCUGGACGUGCUCGGCGCUAUCGUUGAAUUGGUGGUGGGCGACGGGGGAGGCGCGGCGCGGUGGCUGGUGCGUGUCCAGAGCCCCGCCAUGUACUCGCCGUUCGACAUGGCAGCCGCCACCCGCGAGUCCGCGCUCGAAUGGCUCUCGGCCAUCGAAGAGGCCGCGCACAGUGCUAGCGCUCGCUCGCUCCACCACAGGAAAAUGGAACGAACAUGGCGCAUCGCCAAAGAGAUAUCGGACCUCAUCAUCUACUGCCGCUCAGUCACCUUCAACAUCGAACGUCUACGCAUCAAGGGCUUUGUUUACAACGAGAUGUCCUCGUUUCCCGAGACCAAAGCCGAACGCCUUAUGUCUCAGCAAGAGAACACGUUCUUCGUCAAGUACCACACGACGCAACUUAGCCGUAUCUACCCUAAAGGCCAGAGAAUCGAUUCGUCGAACUACAAUCCGGUGCCGUUCUGGAACUGCGGCUCUCAAAUGGUCGCUUUGAAUUACCAAACGCCCGACAAACCGAUGCAGGUCAACAUGGGCAAGUUUAAACAGAACGGCGGCUGUGGCUUUAUCUUGAAGCCACAGUUUAUGUUCGAGGAAGGAUACAAUCCGUGCGAUAAAAAAUCGAUCGAGGGCAAAGUGAAGCCGGUAACUGUGAUGUUGCGUGUUAUCGGGGCGAGGCAUCUGUGCAAGACGGGUCGCGGCACGGCCAGUCCCUUUGUAGAAGUCGAGAUCAUCGGGGCGGACUACGACAGCGGCGUCAAACUCGUCACUAAAACAGUGUCUGAUAACGGACUGAACCCUUUGUGGAACGACAUCUGCGAGUUCGAAGUUGCGAACCCAGAACUGGCCUUGAUCCGUUUCGUGGUACAAGACGAAGAUAUAUUUGGCGAGCCGAACUUCAUAGGUCAAGCGACUUUCCCGCUGUUGUGCCUGCGUAAAGGAUACCGAAGCGUGCCUCUCACUAACGCAUUCUCCGAAGAACUGGAACUAUCCACACUGAUGGUUCACUUGUCAAUUAUAACAGACGGUUGAGAUUUAGUCAACUUUAGAGAACUUUACCUUCCGUUCCAAAGAAUAGGGUCGGGAGUUGGGGCGUAAUAGAACCCGUCGUCGCACGCAAAAGGAACGAAUAAGAACAUUUUUUGAGAAAUGUCUUUGUGCGAUUAAAAUGAAAAGAAAUAAUUUUAAUUAUCUUCGUUUUCCAACGAGCCGACGUGAUUAGUUUUCCAUUUAGCUUAAUUCUAACACAUUUGAAAUCUCAAAUCAUUCUUACGAUUCAAAAACAGAAUCGAUUUUAAUAAUCGUUAAACUGUAUUUUAUGUAUCGAAAAAUCUAUUUAAAAUCAUUCAAGUUGGACACAAUAAUGAAACAUGCAGCCGUUGUUGUCAAAACAAUUAAUUACCCGAUUAUUUGCUAAGGCUCAAUUCCACUAAAUAAAUAAUAUAUUGUACUGAAGAUAAUUUAAAGUUACUUGAAGGAAUACUCAUUGAUUUUUGAGGAAUAACACCAUACUAUCCAACGCAAAUAAAGUAAAAUGGCGUGAUUUCAACACAACAGCUGAUUGAUUUUCGACUGUAAUGACAAAACCAGUGUUCUUAAAUGGGAUUUGGGGUUAUUGCGUUUAACAUUUAAAAUAACUUUAGUGGAAUCUGGCAUAAGUGAUAAAUAACUCAUUUUUACACGAUCGUAACACUUUUAUUUGUAGUGUUAAUCGAAACUGUCGAACCAAAACAACAAUAGUGCGAGAAAUUUUUGAUGUGAAACUUCUUUAGAAUCGUUGUGAUUUCAAACUCGAUGAAACGAAAUGAAACGAAACGAAAAAAUAAGUCCAUAG